AUGGCCUUGAAGCUAUUUACCCCUCUCAAACUGGGCAAUGACCAACUCAAGCAUCGUAUCGCCAUGUCGCCCUUGACCCGCUAUCGAGCCGACGACGACCAUGUUCCCCUCCCCUAUGUAAAGGAAUACUACGCCCAACGAGCUUCAGUGCCUGGUACCCAAAUAAUUACCGAAGCAACAUUCAUCACCCCAGAAGCAGGUCUUUUUGCUCACAUCCCUGGUAUUUGGAGUGGGGCCCAGAUUGCCGCAUGGAGUGAAGUAACUGCCGCAGUUCACGCCAAAGGGUCCUUUAUCAGAUUGCAACUUUGGGCACUCGGUAGAUCAGCAUCAAAGGCGCAAUUGACCAAGGAACUUGGACCAAACGCAAGGGUUGUUAGCUCUAGUGACGUAACACAGACUGGGGGAGACAAGCCAACACCAUUAACAGAGGAAGAGAUUCAGCAAUACAUCAAAUCUUAUGCUCAAGCUGCCAAGAAUGCUAUAAAGGCUGGCUUUGAUGGCGUUGAGCUCCACGGUGCCAGUGGAUAUUUAAUUGACCAAUUCACGCAAGAUGUCACAAACAAACGAACCGAUAAGUGGGGAGGGAGCAUCAACAACCGCUCCAGGUUCGCAUUGGAGGCUACGAAGGCUGUUGUCGAAGCUAUCGGAAGUGAACGAACUGGUAUUCGGCUUAGCCCCUUCAGCACGUUCCAAGGAAUGAGGAUGAAGGAUCCAAUGCAGACAUUCGGUUAUCUAGUCCAGGAACUGAAGAAGCUCAAACUCGGCCAUCUCCACCUUGUUACGGGAUCUGGCAUGGGUGAUGCCAAUCAGGAAAUCCAAGACACUGCAUCCAUGGAUGUCCUUCUCAAUAUCUACGAUAACGUGUCUCCUAUUCUGGUGGCCAAUGGAUUUAGUGCAGAGUCAGCAAAGGAAUUCGUGGAAAGGCAUCCAGACAAGGAUAUUGUUGUUGCUUUUGGUCGGUACUUUAUCUCGAAUCCUGACCUGCCUUUCCGAAUACGGGAGGGCAUCGAGUUCACCCCUUAUGACCGGGCCAAGUUCUAUACGAUUGAUGAGGAUGGUUAUACGACAUAUGAAUUCAGCAAGCAGUUUCUAGAGGCUAAUCAGUCGCAAGGACCAGUUAAAGUUUAG